AUGCUGUUCGACGGGGAGGCCGCGUUCGACUUGGACCCGUACCUCUUUCAGCUCAGCAAUUGCGUGGUGGACCUCCGCUCGAACACCAUCCGUCCAGGCCGCCCGACAGACAUGACUUCCCUGCGCAGCCCGAUUCGCGUGCCUCAAAGGUGGCUGCAGAAUUCCGACCUCGUGGAAUCCGAGUCGGCCAGCGACCGCCAGAGGUCAUGGUCGAUCUUGCGGUCGCUAUAUAAGCGCGAGGGCGACCAUCACCCCGACGAUUGCGCGGAGGAGCUCGGGGACGCAGACGCGGAGAACUUCCAGCACAUGAUGCAUCUGCAGGCGCGCCUUCUCGAAGGCACGCCGCUCUGCAAGUGCGCGCUGCUGUGGUCUAGGCGGGGCCGCAAUGGCAAGGGCAUCUGCGAAAAGAUAUUCCAGGCUGCCUGGGGGGAGUAUUACGUUCCUGUCCGAGCCACAGUCUUCACUGCGGACAAGCGCUCCGAGCACGAGCACAAGGCGGCGGACGCCUUUCGUCGAGGAUUUCGCGUAGCCUUCGGCAACGAGGUGCAUUCCGCGGCUUGGAGCAACGCUGUCUUCAAGAGCAGGAACUCUACCGAUCCCAUCACCGCCCGCGCUUGCAACUCAGGCGAAACCGAGAAGAUGAAGCCCAUGUGCACUUACAUUUUCGCGUGCAACGAUAUCCCAUCGUGGGAGCAGGUCCCCAAGGGCUCGGAGCGCGACCGCCUGCUGCCGAUGUAUAUGCCGAAUAAGUUUCGCGACUCCUUCGACGCCCCCACGUCGCCGCGUUCUUUCCUUAAGGACCACGGGCUCGAGGCAGAGAUCGGCAGGCCCGAGUUCGCGAUUGGCCACUUGCUCAACCUCCUCACCAUCAGGUCAUCUGCGUCUUCGGGCGGAGGCCUCUCACUGCACGAGCUGGCGGCGACAGGGACGAAGACGACGGCGCACUGGCUCGAGGCGUGGAUGACCGAGUGGAGCAGGGUGGACGGCGACGGCGCUCACGAGGGCGAGGUGAACGGGGAGUCAUUCGCGCUCGUCCAGGACAUCCACGCUCGCCUCUACGCGUCAAGGACCCGCGCCCUCCUGCAGUGCCAGGUGGAUCAGACCAGGUGCGAUCUGCCACUAGCCGCCCCCAAGACGAAGCGGUGGGCUGUCCUCCUGGGCCACGUCCGCGCGCAAGGUCGCCUCGGGGCCAAUCUCGCCCAGAUCGGGGCCGCGAAGUCACGCAAGCAGAGAAUGCAGGCGUGCGUGACCGCACUCCCCUUCGACACGUCGCUGUACAACCAGUUUUUCUCGGACACCGCCACGUUCGGCGACCUCGCGGAGUACACGUACAACCUGUCCCUCGACGCUUUCGCCCCCGCCGAGGACGCGCUCGCCAAGCCCGCCGAAGCUGAAGUGCCGACCCGAAUGUGCCGCUACACCGUCUGCGAGGCAGCCAACUUGACCGCGCUGCGGGCCCGGCGCGACGCUGGGGCUGCCGUCACGGGCGAGCGUCGCCAGGAGGGGUUGUCCGCGCACGUGGAUCUCCUGAACGAGGCGGGCCAGGCCUGCACCAUGAAGGACGGCUUUCUCCGCCCGACCUCCGAGCCAGGGUGCCCAGACAUCCGCGUCCUUCGGCGCGAGUAUUACCAGCUCGACGAGAUCGGCCGCGCGCACGCGCUGCGGCCACACGUUCCGGAUGGCGCCAUUGAGCGUGACUUUGGGAUCGUCAAGAUGUACGCGGACAAAUCCAAAGAGUGGCGCUCCGACGUUGCCCAGUACUAUAACAUCGACGUGCCCCAGGCCAAGGCGAUCUUCUCGCGGCUGCCGUUCAAGGGCAGCAUUCAGCCUGAUGCAUCCUGGGAAGGCGAUCGCUCCGACGACAUGCUGCCGUGCCUGAUGGAGUUGAGGAGCGCUUUCAGGCGUGGCCAGGAGACCCUCGCGGCCGAGUGUGACAAUUACAAGAAGGCGAGGUCUUGGAAUUCGACGUUGCCGCUGGCUUGCCCGACCGCGCGUGGCUUCAGGUUUCGCUGCUUCCCCGCGGCGAGCCCCGCCGCGGCGGCACGGGCCGCUAGCGACGCGAGGACUUCCAGGAACCGCAAGGCUGCAUCCAUGGAGAAGGUGUUGCAGAAGGCGCAUCCAGGGUCCUCGGCGCUGGCGCUGUACCUUCAGACGAAGGAAGACGAGAUUCUCGAGAGCAUGGCUGCUGCUGCCAAGGGGCUGCAAGCGUGCGUCUUGAGCUUGGUGUUCGACGGCAUGUACGUGGCCAUGCCUUCAAUGCCCGACAUCGCGGGACUGUUCGACUCGGUGGCCGGCCACGUCUGGGAGACGCACGGUGUCCGCAUCGCCUUGAAGGCAGCGGGUGGCGAGACGAUCAAGGCGUUCGCGGCUGCGUCGAAACGCAGCCGCUCGAGCGAUGAGGACGAGGCUGAGACGGCCCAGAAGAAGGCGAAGGUGUGCCACCUGACCCAGGAUAUGGAGAAGCUGUUGGAUAUCGACGCGUCCGCGGCGGCCAGCGGCGCGCACCAGGGCGGCGGGCCGCCCUGCGCCCAGGAGGAGCAGCGCGGACACGGACAAGGCGGCGGGAUGCUCGGCGCCGCGGCAGCCAGCGGCGCGCCCGAGGGCAGCGGGCAGUUAAUCGCACAGGAGGAGCAAUUCGGCUGCGAGCCAGGCGGUGGGCCGCCUGAUACGCAGGAGCCGUCGAUGGCAGGCCGCUGGAAUGAGGGCGACGCGGUCGUCUCCGAGGCGGCUCACGGCGGUGCGUGA